AGAAGGUUGAAAGUAUUGACAGGAAACCACAAGCAAUAAACACACCAGUUUCCCGGUUCAUUAGAUUCCUGAUACCCAGCAUCAAGUCACUACUGAAGCAUGACGGACAAUUCAAGCAUUUGCGAAAUGCCACAUUCUCAUACAGUCGGUAUAGCCACAGUGAAUGCUAUAUUCUGUGUUUUGGGUGUGGUUGGUAACAGCCUGGUGUUGGUAGCGGUGUUCAGAACCGUGGAAUUACGUACACUAAGUAAUUUUUAUUUGGUUGUACUGGCCAUUGCUGAUUUUCUCACGAGCGCCAUAGUUCAGCCGAUGUUAAUUGUCAUGGUAAUUGACGAAAGCCGAGGGAAAUGUGACAAAACUUUCAUAACGGCGUUUCGUGGUUUAGGAAACUUCUCGGCUUCUACUUCUUUCCUCCUUUUGUUGUUCAUCACAACAGAACGUUUCCUUGCAGUGAUGAAACCGAUUGUGUAUAAAAAUUAUCAUCCCAGACGCAGGUUCGCAAUUUUUAUUAGCAUCAGCGUGAUAGCUCCAUUGAUCUACACUAUCCUUCGUCUUGCAGUCAGCAAAAAAGCAACAUCAUAUUUCUCUGUAGUGUUAUUUGUGCUUGGUUAUUUCUAUAUCGUGGCAUGCUACCUCAUAAUUUUACUACAGUUGAAACGUCAAAGCAGGAAAAUGGAAAUGUCAAAUAGCACCCCCCAUGAAAAUAAAAGUUCAACACGCCAUGCUGAAAAGGUGGUUACUUCGACUAUGGCACUAGUGAUUGGACUCUUCACAAUCAUGUGGAUACCGUUCUUCUAUUUUCGCAUAUCGCAACCUUCGACUAACACUGGUGCGGGUUAUAACUGGGUCCGAACAACAGCAAUCAGUAAUUCGGCUUUAAAUUUCAUCGUGUAUGCUUUUCGAAUGAAGAGAUUCCGAAAUGCAUUCAAGGCUACAAUCAGCGAUGGUUUUCAUACGAUGUUUCAAUCACGAACAACUAGCACUGUUACGAGUGCUUAAUAUUCAACUUUCGCAAUUGAGUGGAAUGGGAUGGUCACCGCUCUCCUUUGGCUGUGUCGACGCGGAUAUUGUCGAGAUGUAAGCAUGCAAGACAAUGCUUCAGCAGAGCGCGCUAUAAUGCACCGCUUUCAUUUCCAUGAGGGCCUAAUAUAACAAACAUUUCCGUAAUAUCCUCCACACUUCAUACGGCCUUGUAUUUUUUGCUUCAAGGCAAACCUAUGUUAAUUGACUUUACGAGGACAUAUUAGAAUUAAAAUUGAUUAUAAAUGUCCACCGAAAUGUUAACGGCCUUUUCUUCAUGUAUAUACUACAGACAUAAGUUUCUUUCCAAUUUAAAUGGUUAAUAAGCUUUGCUUUGAUUUAGUUUUAUAGAAACAUAACAGUAAUUUGUUAUAGUUUGUUAAAAUAGUUACAUGUAUAGAUAUAUAGGUUAGUUUAGUUAAAAAUACUCGUAGUUUAACUUUUUAUGACGUU